AUGGCAUCAGCUUCAAGUACUAGUGCUCGAAGUUUAUUCAUUGAGUCAAAAAUGAGAUUGGCUGAUAGAGUUCAAGUCAACGUAAAUAAUAUUGCUUCCCUUGCAAGGCAAAUACAAAGGGGUUCAAAAAGUAGUGAUAUAUUAAUGCACAGUGCAAAAAAUUUUACACAGCAAGAACAUGGUUUAGAAGCAGCAGAAACCAAUUUAAACAAAAUUGCCCUUAUAGCUACACAUUUAGAAUAUCAAAUAGAAUGCAUCAACAGGAGUUCUAUAAUCUUAGAAGAUGUUACUGAACAAAUACGUGCUAUGCAAAGAUAAAUUAUUCUGAUCAAUAUUUAUCACAAGUUUAUUAUUCAUACGUAAUUUAUUAUAUACAUACAACACAAUGUAUUCAAAACAUUAGGCACAAAUGGACCUAUAUAAUUCGUUUUUAUUGGUCUGAAAAGUGUA